CAUCAAAUCAAAGCUUAGAAAGUUAGAAACCUCCAAUUCACAAAUCCUAAGAUGCGUAGUCUAGCUGAUGGAAAGCAAAACGCUGAGCUACUUGAAGCUCAAUCACAUAUAUGGAACCACAUUUUCAAUUUCAUCAACUCCAUGUCCCUCAAAUCUGCAGUUCAAUUAGGAAUUCCAGAUGCCAUCCACAGCCAUGGCAGACCCAUCACCAUUUCUGAGCUUAUUGCUGCUUUAUCUCUCCACCCAGCCAAAGCCAAUUGUAUCCCUCGCCUGAUGCGCAUUUUGGUUCAUUCUGGUUUCUUUGCUCGAGUAAAAAUCAACCAAAAUGAUCAAGAAGAAGGCUAUAUUCUCACUAAUGCAUCGCAGCUCCUCCUUAAGGAUCAUCCUUUAAGUGUGUCGCCUUUCUUGCUUGCCAUGCUUGACCCUUCUUUAACAAGACCAUGGCAUUAUGUACGCAAUUGGUUCCAAAAUGAUGAUCCUACCCCAUUUGCUACGGCUAAUGGGAGGACAAUUUGGGACUUUGCUGGUCAUGAACCAGAGUUCAAUAAUUUAUUCAACGAAGCUAUGGCGAGUGAUGCUAGGCUGGCUAUGAAUGUGCUGAUGAAUGACUGCAAGGGGGUGUUCGAGGGGUUGAGGUCAUUGGUUGAUGUUGGUGGUGGAACAGGGACCGUAGCCAAAGCCAUAGCUAAAGAAUUCCCUCAGCUGGAAUGCUUUGUAUUUGAUCUCCCACAUGUGGUGGCUGGUCUGCAUGGAACUCACAACUUGAAAUACGUUGGAGGCAGCAUGUUUGAGGCGAUUCCACCUGCGGAUGCAAUUUUACUCAAGUGGAUCAUGCACGACUGGAGCCAUGAAAACUGUGUAAAGAUACUGAAGCGAUGUAAAGAAGCAAUUAAGGGAAGAGAAGGAGGAAAGUUGAUAAUCAUAGAUAUGGUGAUGGAGCAGAAGGAGAAAGAGGAUCAUGAAUCCAAGGAAACAGAGCUGUUGUUUGAUAUGCUGAUGAUGGUGUUGUAUAAUAGUCAAGAGAGAAACGAGAAAGAAUGGGCUCAACUCUUUUCUGAUGCUGGUUUCAGUAAUUAUAAGAUAAUCUCCAUGCUAGGUUUAAGAUCUAUCAUUGAAGUUUAUCCUUAAUUAAUCUCGUAAUGUACCAUGCAUGCUAUCAAACUAUUAUAGGUUUUAAUCAAAAUAAUGUCUGAACUCUGCACGAUCUGAAGGAGAGGUGUUAUAAAUCCUUAUUUAUAAUAAGUGUGUUUAGUUUGGAAAGUCAAAGAAUAAUGUUUUCCCAUGUUGUCAAUGACAAAAUGUGAAUGUAAUAGUAAUUUCUUUUAAGUAGAAAACAAGUUUUUCUUCUUAAGAUUUUUCUUGUCU